UUGGCGUCAUUGCUAAGUAGCCCAUUCAUCUAUGCAUUUGGGCGUUGGACUCUGCAUGUUAUUAGCGCUCAGGGAGAUUUCUCCAUUUUCCCCCCUUGUCGAAAAGCAAAAGCUACAAAUCUAGGAUCUUUUUAUUACCAUUGCAACGUGGCCUUUUUCGCCCCCUUUUUUCUUGCUGUUCUGCAUAAGGUUUGAUUGCAGAGAACUUCGACUUUUUUUUUCCUAGGGGUGUGAUCCGGCUUUCCCCCCCUCCACUCCUCCUUCUGUCUGUCCGUCCCUGUGUGUGUGUGUGUGUGUAGCAUUGAAAAGCCGGGCGUCUUUGUUCGCUUUCUUUCUUUCGCUGGCUGGGAGUUUCUUUGUUGUACAAGCAUGGGAGCCCAAUUCUCCAAGAACGCUGCAAAUCGCGAAACUGUUGCUGAAAAAGCCGGGGAAGCUGCCGCCGGAUCGCCUACUAAAACCAACGGACAGGAGAACGGCCAUGUGAAGGUGAACGGAGACGCCUCCCCUGCGGCGGCCGCCGCUGCCUCCUCCGCCUCCGAGGAGCCGGUGGAGAAGGAGGAGGUGCAAGCGAACGGAGCAACCCCGGCAGAGGAGACCAAGGAGCAGCAGCAGCCCCAGGAGGAAGGGGGAGAGGCGGCAGCAACAGCGGCCGCCGGCGGUAGCAGCACCCCGGCCACCAAACCCCAGGAGGGCAGCGGGGAGGGGGCGGCGGCAGCAGCAGCAGCAGAGACCACUACCCCGGCAGAGGGAGAGGCUUCGGGCAAAGCCGAGGAAGGGGCUACAGCAACAGCAGGAGCGGCGGCCGCCGCCAGCCCCACCAACAGCGAGACCCCCAAGAAGAAGAAGAAGCGCUUCUCUUUCAAGAAGUCCUUCAAGCUGAGCGGCUUCUCGUUUAAGAAAACCAAGAAGGAGACGGGGGAGAGCGUUGAAGGUGAAGCUGCCGCUGCCGCAGCCUCCACUGCCGCCGCCGCAGCCCCAGCCGCCUCUACAGAAGGCGAGAAGGAGCAAGGGGCAGCUGCGGAUGCGGUCAAUGCCGAGGAGAGCAAGCCCGCCCCUGAGGGCGACGCCGCUGCAGCCUCGGCGACCACCGCCACCGCCGCCGCCACCUCCACUCCCGCUGCUCCAGCGGAGGCUAAGAAAGAUAGCACUGCCUCGCCAGAGGCUCAGCUCGAGGAGAAGGCAGCCGAAAGGCCGGACGUACAGGAAGCCAAAGCUCCGGAGGAGCCCAAGGCCAGCGAAGAGAAACCCACGGCAGAGGCGGCCUCAUCCAACCCAGCCCCCAGUGCUGAAGCAUCCACAGCCGAGCAGGAAGCAGCAGCAGCACCACCAGCAGCUGUCGCAGCCCCAGAGCCAGCUGUGCCAGAGGAGGCACCAUCCGAGUCUAGUCCAGCACCAGCUACCGAAUCAGCAGAGCAAAACCAAUAAAGAGCCCCAAACUGGAGUAAUAAUCAAAUGGACCUUUUUUCCAUGUUUGUUUGUUGGAGUGGUGCCAGGUACUGGUUUGGAGAACUGUCUGACCAGGGAUUUUAAAGGCUUUUUUUUAAUUUUUAAAAAUCCCAGCGCAUUCAUUCUGUUACCACCAUUCCAACAGGCAGAGAUGAGCCCCAAACCUCGCUCUGUCAUUUUUUUUGCAUCAGUAUUACUGUUUUUGCAUAUUUUGCAUCAUUUUAUACAAGUUUAAAUUUUUUUUGGUCAAUAUAUGGACACGUCCAAUGGUGUGGAUAAUCUGGGUGGGUAAAUCCUGGGUGAAAUGUAAAUGAAGUAAUAUUAAAACCACAAUGCAGCGGUGUAGUUGCCAAGCAAAUGUGCCACAAACUAAUGAUGUAAAGGAUUAGUCUUUUAAAACAAAAAAAAUCACAUCUUACAAAAGUUAUACCAUACAGUUUACAACACUAAAUCUUAAUACAAGAAAACAAGGACAUCCGUAUCAAAAUCAAUAGUUUUAGUAAUACAUUUAAAUCAUAGAAACUUUUCACUUAUCUCAUUUUUAGCUGUACAAGUCAACGUGAUAAGUAGAAGAAGGAAAAGUUGUAUAGGCGUUAUUGUUUAUUGCUGGUUCAUGACCUUAAAAGUGUAAUUAUGUAUUACAGCAGGGUGUUUUUAACUGUGAUUAUGUAUAAAUGAAAACUUAAUAUCAAGAAGCACAUGAAGUUUGCAACUCUUCACCCUGCCCAUUUUGUAAAAUUGCAGUCAUCUUGGAAGAUCUUUCAAAAACUUUUAAAUGAAAAGCUGUGAUAAGUGGAAUGGUUGCUGUUUAUAUACUGUUGUAUGUUUGGUUACAGCAGUCAAUGCUUUUUUUUUCAGUCGUCUUUGACAAUUGGGAAAACUCUUCAGAUGCAAUGCGUUUUGUGUAGCAUCUUGUCUAUCAUGGUUUUUUGUAAAUACUGGAGAAGCUUUGACCAAUUUGACUUAGAAAUGGAAUGUAACUUUGCUUACAAAAUUGCUAUUAAACUUCUCUGCUUAAGGUGUUCUAAUUUUCCGUGAGCACACUAAAAGCAAAAAUAAAUGUGAAUAAAGUUUCAA